GUUUGAGCAAGCUGUUAGCCAAACAAGGUCACGUGGCAAGCCAAGGUUUCUGCUUUACACCACGUUGUAAAUCAUGUCGGACGAGGACGUUUCGAGUGGCUGGCAACUGACAGAAUCCGACCCUGGGGUAUUCACAGAGCUACUAAAGAGACUUGGAGUGCCUUACAUCGUCGACGACCUCUACUCACUUGAACCGGAAUCACUGGCUGCAUUACAGCCUGUACAUGCUCUUAUCUUCUUGUUCAAAUGGCUCCCUGGAUCACCUGACGACGAGCCUGGAGUUGGUGCUGAUCAUUAUGAUCCAGAUUUUCCGGGAUUCUUCGCCCACCAAACUGUGAACAACGCUUGUGCUACACUUGCCGUUACCAACGCCCUGGGGAACAUCGCGUCUCUCACUGCUGGACGGCAGUUCAUGGACCUCAUGAAUUUUACCACAGGCAUGGACCCGCAGACAUGUGGGAUGGCUAUCACAAGCGCGGAUUGGCUUCGAGAAGCUCAUAAUGCCCUUUCUCCACCUAGUGCUAUCUCGCUAGAUGGUCCAGACCUUUCGAAGAAGAGCGAAGAUGCCUACCACUUUGUCGUAUACCUCCCAGUGAUGGGGAGUCUGUAUGAACUUGAUGGGUUGAAACCUUAUCCAGUGCGUCACGGAGAAUAUCAUGAAUCCGGUGAGGGAUGGGUCGGAAAAGCGAGGGAAGUUAUCGAGAAUCGGAUACACACGUACCCGACAGGAGCACUUGAGUUCAGCUUGCUCGCGCUUCGGGAUGACCCGAUACCUGGAAUGAGAAGACGCUUAGACGCUCUCCAAGGUUCACCAGGGGAUGCUGAAUUGAGCGAUCUUAUGAAUAAAUUGUCUAAUGAAAAUUCCAAGCGCGAGCGUUGGGCAUUUGAGAAUAGUUUGCGUCGUCAUAACCACAUCGGCCUCGUGCAUGCUUUGUUGUUGGCUCUGGCGAAGGCAGGAAAGCUUGACUCGGCAAAAGCAGAUGCACAAAGAGUGAUGAAAGAGCGGUUAGAAUCAGAGAGACGAAGACAAAUGCUCAUGGACGAACAUGAAUUGCAUUGAGCACGACCUUUACCGCAGUAUCACCAUCACGUUAAGUUUGACACAUGAAAACAAUAGGAAUCUCUUGGUGCCCAGUAUGAAUAAUACUUACAUUGAUCUCGAGUUCACGUACACAAGCUUGCGUUAUCCUUGGGUACCUGCGUUCUUACGUUCAGAGGCGGUCUUUUCGAAUCGGGAAAGUCAGACAAGCCGUUACAAAUAA